AGAAACCCUGUACCUUUAAUAACAAAGACCUGCUGAGAGGUUUCUUUCCAAACUUGUUCCCUGACUUCCAAGUGACGAAAUCAGCUGUAAUUUGAGAGCCCAGUAAUCCUCAGGAUAUCUUUAGCCAAAGGAAAAGCUGUCUUCCCACCCAUUCCAGGAGUUGAAACAGUGUCAGACAGCAAAGACCCUUUCUCUCGAGUUCCACGCUGCAUCUCCCGGGCAUCAGAGCCAGAGGCGUGCGGAGCCCUGGAGGAGCGGUCAGGCUGGGCGCGGUGACCCGCGGGGACAUCCAGCACGCAGCAUCCGCCCCAGCAGAGCUGUCGAGCUGCCCAGCCUGGGAUGCGCGGAGCCGCAGGAAGUCUGCAGGCAGCUGGGGUCCGCGCGCAGCAAGCCGGCUGGGACCACGGAGGGUGCUGUCUUGGGACACCCCUGACUCCCAAGGGGACCCCUCCCUCUCCUUGCUCCUGGGCGAGAAGUCUUUUCCUGGGGUUGCUCAUCACCAGUCUCCAGAAUGAUGCUCCUGCUGAAGUUCCUCUGGAUGGCUUUACUCUGCCACCUGUGUCAGGGCUACUUUGAUGGUCCUCUGUACCCAGAAAUGUCCAAUGGGACUUUGCACCACUACUUCGUGCCCGACGGGGACUAUGAAGAGAACGAUGACCCCGAGAAAUGCCAGCUGCUCUUCAGGGUGAGUGAUCGCCGGCGCUGCUCGCAGGGGGAAGGGGCCCAGGCCAGCAGCCUGCUGAGCCUCAGCCUGAGGGAGGAGUUCACCGUCCUGGGCCGCCAGGUGGAGGAUGCUGGGCGCGUCCUGGAGGGGAUCAGUAAGAGCAUCUCUUACGACCUGGACGGGGAAGAGAGCUACGGCAAGUACCUGAGGCGCGAGUCGCACCAGAUCGGAGAUGCUUACUCCAACUCGGACAAGUCCCUCACGGAGUUGGAGAGCAAGUUCAAGCAGGGGCAAGAACAGGACAGCCGGCAGGACAGCAGGCUCAAUGAGGACUUCCUGGGCAUGCUGGUGCACACCAAGUCUCUGCUGAAGGAGACGCUGGCCAUCUCUGCGGGGCUCAGGGACAAAUACGAGCUCCUGGCGCUCACCAUCCGGAGCCACGGGACUCGGCUAGGUCGACUGAAAAACGACUAUCUGAAAGUAUAGAUGCGGGGACACAGAUGCCAGCGAGAGGGAACCGAGCCAGCCCUGUCUGGAGGGCGGGGGACGGAGAACGGAUAUGUUUUCCCCAAUAACUUAUAUGUAUAUACAUACUCCCGUUUGCACUUUCAGAAUGAAUCUUGGGUCAUCUGUUCAAAGAAAGAAAAUUUUGAGAGGGCCAUUGUUUCUGGUUCUUAUUUCAGUUUCUGUAGUGAAGGAUUUCUCACCCCGGUAAAGAACAAUUUUAAAGCAAUGCCUCCAGACUUCCCAAGGGGACAGUAAUACUCUGCAGAGAUAACUUGCUUCAGUCUUUUCUAAUGGAUGCACUUUGUGUGGCGGGACUGAUUAAAACUCUUCAUCUGGAAGGUUCCACGGAUGUAAACAAACAUCACAGUGCUUUAUAUCUCUGUCCCACCAUCAGCCUCCCUUGGCCCUCCCAAAGCUGAGGAGCCUGUUUUGCAAAUGACCAAGGUGUGUUUCAGCUUGCUCUGCCAGCCCAUGGGAGUUGCCUGCUCCUUCUCCUCUUCUCUUAUUUAUUAACUUUAGUCUGAAUUGUUGGUGGUUUUGCGUAAGAAUUUCAGAGGGAACUUACAUGCAAUUCUCCAUUUGCAGGAAGAUUUUCAAGGUUCCUCUGAGGGUUAGUGUAAGUUAAAGCGGCAGCAUUUAAGAAGUCCAAACUUUGUGGGGGUGGUCCACUCAUGUUAAUAUACUGGUUUUCUCUGUCUUUCCCCGUGGGUCUAUGUGUGUCUUCAGUGCUCCAGUAAAGGAAGUGGACUGUUUGGUCUCGCCCUUCAGAUCCUUUCAGUGUAUUUUUUCUCCUUAGGGAUAUUGCUUCCUUUUGCAUAUUGAAAACUCAUCUUUCAAAGAAGGGAAUUCUAAUUCUAAUAACUCAUUACUUAGAUUUCAUUAUUUAUCCAAUAAAUAUGUUUUCAUAUAA